AGCUACAAGCGGCCUCUUCAGCCAUAUUGGUUGGUCAAACACUUCCGGCUUUGAGAUUCCGUCACUCCAGAACACGAACAAUGGGGGCAUUUAUCUAAGACUUAACUGGACUAUACUAUGUCCAACCCAAAGCAGCAAAGCAUUAUGGUAAAAGCUUCUGCAUAAACUUUGUAUUGGAUGGACUAAAUUUGUGAAUUUAAGCACGUAAUGGGGAAUUCGGGAUCCAGUAGAGGACCCUCUGAAUUCAGUGGUCAUGGACCAAGAAAUGCACCCCUUCUUUACCAUACUACUCACAGUGAAAACUGUAUCCUCUCGCCUGACAAGAGAAUAGCCAGGCGUGCAGAGAGCUACUGCAAAGGAAUUUGCUUUACCAACAGACCCAUAGCUAUUGGAGAAAGAGUUUAUCUGAAAUUUUCUGAAGUAUCAACCAGUUGGAGUGGAGUGCUAAGGUUUGGUCUUACUAGUAGAGACCCAAGUACUAUAAAUGGAACCACUCUCCCGAGGUAUGCCUGCCCAGACCUGUCUAACAAGCCAGGAAACUGGGCUAAGGCACUGAGUGAGCGCUAUGGAGAACCAAACAAUAUUGUUUAUUUUUAUGUCACUCGAAGUGGAGAUGUCAUGUUUGGCAUAAAUGGAGAAGAAAAAGGUGUAUUUUUCAGUGGAGUUAGUACAACUGUUCCAUUAUGGGGCAUUAUAGACAUUUAUGGCAAUACCAUAGCAGUGGAGAUUUUGGACUGCAGGCAGAUGAUGCAGACAGAGGGCAGGUAUUCCUCAGACCUGGUUCCACCAUUCAACAACCUCAAUGUGACGCCCCCAGCUCAGCACUCACCACAACCUAUCCAUGCCCAGCAGAAUCACAACCAGUUGGUGCUGCGGCAGCAACAGCAGCAGCAUGUGCUGCCUCCCCCACAGCCUGCAAGACCAGCAGCGCCCCCGCCUGUACGCUUCCACAGGGAUGUGCGAUUUACACCACUUCCAUUUCAUACAAUGUCAGGAAAAAAUGUCUGCUUGUCAAGUGACAGAUCUCUUGCUUUUCGACCCUCGGAUGAAUAUUGCAAUGCUUAUGUGUUUACUUCAAAGCCUCUGCGGUGUGGGGAGAAAAUUGUUAUACAAAUUCUUGGCAUAGACAGGACAUAUGUAGGAGGGUUAGCAUUCGGACUGACAGCCUGUGAUCCCUCUGCAUUGACACCAAGUGAGCUUCCAGAUGACUCUGAUCUCUUGCUUGAUAGACCAGAGUAUUGGGUUGUGAAUAAAGAUGUUUGCAGUCUGGCAGAACUGGGAGAUGAACUAAGUUUUACUAUGUCUAGUGAAGGUGAAGUUUAUUAUGGCCGAAAUGGCAGACACAUUGCUGUCUUGAUGCAUGUGGACAAGACACUGCCUCUGUGGGCCUUCUUUGAUGUUUAUGGCAAUACACAGAAAAUCAAAAUGUUGGGGCUUGCUGGGCCUACCAUCCCCAGGCCUGUCCGUUCAGAGAGUGCUGGUGGAUCUUCACGCUCAUCCAGUUCAAGUGGUCUUACAGUGGCCUUACCACGAGAGAACUCUGCACCUAUGUUACCACCCCGCAAUCCAAUACUGCCUCCACAGAGGAGCACCAGUGCCUCUGCUGAGAUGUCUACCCCACCCCAUGUGGAACCAAGACGCCCCAUUAGGCCCCCUCUCAGCCCAGAACCCUUGAUUCCUUUAUCAGUGGCACCAGCACCACCGACGCCACAGCAGGUAGCCGACGGGGUCAUGGACAUGCCCUCACACAAUCCACCGCCAUUACCUGAGCGCUCCAUGUCUACUGACUCUUCUCGUGAUAGAACAGAGGAUGAUGACUAUAAUCCCAAUGAAUGUACAGUGUGUUAUGAAAACCCUGUUGACAGUGUACUAUAUAAGUGUGGACACAUGUGUAUGUGCUAUAACUGUGCCUAUGAUGUGGUUAACCAGCAGGGCUCUCUGUGCCCCAUAUGUCGUCAACCUAUUGUGGAUGUGGUGAAAAUCUACAGAUCGUAAUAGCACACGUGACGUGAAUAUAUCAUAUAAUGAAAUGAGUGAAAAGUAACAUUAUUUACUUUUAUCUAUUGGAUUUACCUUGCAUAGGUAAUAGAAUAUUGCUUUUAACUCAUGAUGUAUCAAUAAUAGUCUUGGUUACUGCAAGGCAGGAAUACAGUAGCAGUUGGUAUGUCAUGUGAAUAGUUUUAACACUGGUGUGCAUGCCAGACAAUGCAGGAAUUUAGACUCAUCAUGGUCAACUUAGAUAAAAAGCACAAUAUGAGACAGGUGGCAAAAUUACGUCAGUUGAACAUGGCAACAUUUUUUAUGCUAAUGUUUGAUUCUUGUCUCCCGGAUAUGUAUCUUCAAAUAAUGUCUCUGCUAAAACUGAUGGAAAUAUGCAUAGCUAAUUAUUAAGGGUGUUAUCUCAGAGAUGAUAAUACUAGAACAAUCAUGCAUAUUAAAAUAUCUAUGAUACUGAAUGAUGAAGACAGUUAUGUUUAAAUAAUCAGAAAUAUAAGCUUUCUGUGCCACUGCUAGUGAGAAAGGUAUCGAUAUAUAUAUAAACAUUAUUUUCAUUCAACAUCUCUUUUUUAGAUGUGACAGAAUUUAAAGUUGCUCAUCAUUUUAAAAAAUAUUUUGGUCUUUCAUACAUUCUUUUGCAUUAUACAAUGCAUUUAUCAGAUAAAUCCUUUGCAGCUUUUUUCAUAUUACAAUUGUAUGUUACUUCUCUCAUUGAUGUCUUUAAAAAGCAAUUGAUUUCCAGAAAAUUAAAAAUGAAUUGGUUUAAUAUACCGUAACUAAAAGUUACUUCUCAUCCAUUGUGACAUGAAUGCCUCAAAUGUUCCAAUCCUCAGCACUUAAUAUUGCAACACUCAAACUCCAAAGAACAUUCAAGAUAUGUGUGUAUAUUUGCUGUGUAAUACUGGCACUCUUAUUAACAUAUUUUUAUAUGUUGUGAAUAGACUGGCUCAUUAUUCCAAGAUGUCAAGAAGAUUCUUAAUAAGGCAAUUUUAGUGACAGACAGAGCUGUGAAUUGUUUGUGGAAGAAGACCAUCUUGUAGAUAGUUACCAAACUAAAUGCACAUUAGGCAGUAGGUUUAAUAGAGCACCAAUUUGGGAUCCUUAGUAUGAUAGGAUAUACUAUAGACUAUACUGAAAUUAUAUUGGUAUACCUCAGUUUUUAUUAUCCAAGAGUCAGGAAAAAUGCAAUGAAACAGUUAAUUGUUAUUUUAGGCUGCAGAUUUCUUCAAUAGCUCAAUUUGUUAAACAUUCAUGAAAAGCACCUGUAUAAGGGUUUCUAAAUAUGUAAACCAAUACUUCAUAUAACUUCAUAAUGACUGUCUUUAUUUGGGGUAUUUGGAGCUUAUAUUAUAAAAGUAAUGAACUGCUUUUCAUAGCAUUUUAUAUAUUUUCUUUGGCAAUUGGCACUGUCUGUAAUGGUUAAAAUAAAUUUUAUCUACAAUAUGUAGAGAUCAAUAAAUGACUUUUAAUAUAAA